AUGCUGUGCCCCUGGCAGUUCGUGUUCAAGCCCCAUGCUGCCCGGAGCCGCUACGGCGCCAAGAAGGACAUCAACAACAACGUGGAGAAAAGCAGGAAGAUCCGUAGUCCAGAAAAGGAUGAUGCCAAAUUGCAUGAGCUGAGCAAGAAGCAGAAUGAGAUGCCGCUGAUCGCAUCGUCAGCAAAGGCCAGUGAGGCUGGAGAGAAUCUCCCCCAAAAUGGUAUCAAAAUUCCAAAGCAGAUAUCAGGAUGUCCAGGACAUGUAAGAGUAAGAAACUUGGAAAAUGGAUCCAGCUUUCUCGACACACUACACCUGACAGCAAAGGAGGUGAUCAGCUGCCGGACCAAAGCCUGCCAAGGGGCACUCAUGGCCACAAAGGGCCUGGUGAAAGGUACCAGAGAUGGGCCAGUGCCAGUGGAAGACCUUUUACCUCAGGCCACAGACUUCCUCAAGCAGUACUACAGCUCCUUGAAAGAGCUAAAAGUAAAGGAACACCAGGACCGACUGGAAGCAGUGACCAAGGAGAUACAAACAACAGGAACCUACCAUCUGACAGAGGAUGAGCUGAUAUUUGGUGCCAAACAGGCCUGGAGGAAUGCACCCAGGUGUAUUGGGAGAAUCCAGUGGUCCAAUCUCCAGGUGUUUGACGCACGGGACUGCAAAACAGCCCAGGAGAUGUUUGAGCAUAUCUGUCGUCAUGUUCAGUAUGCCACAAACAACGGGAAUAUCAGAUCAGCCAUCACGGUGUUCCCGCAGAGGACUGACGGCAAACACGAUUUCCGCGUGUGGAACAGCCAGCUGAUCCGCUACGCUGGGUACCAAAUGCCAGAUGGGUCUGUCCUUGGGGACCCUGCCACCGUGGAGUUCACACAGUUGUGCAUCGAGCUCGGGUGGCAGCCGAAAUACGGUCGCUUUGAUGUGCUGCCACUGGUGCUCCAAGCGAACGGCCAAGACCCAGAAAUAUUUGAAUUGCCUCCAGAAAUUGUCCUCGAAGUGCCAAUGGAGCACCCAAAGUAUGAGUGGUUCAAGGAGCUGGAUCUGAAGUGGUAUGCCCUGCCUGCUGUGGCCAGCAUGCUGCUGGAGGUGGGAGGGCUGGAGUUCACCGCAUGUCCCUUCAACGGCUGGUACAUGGGCACAGAGAUAGGGGUGAGGGACUUCUGUGACGUGCAGAGAUACAACAUCCUGAAGGAGGUUGGGAGGAGAAUGGGGCUGGAGACAAAUAAGCUGUCAUCCUUAUGGAAGGACCGAGCUGUUGUAGAGAUCAACGUGGCUGUGCUCCACAGCUUCCAGAAGCAGAACGUGACUAUCAUGGAUCACCACUCUGCGUCCGAGUCGUUCCUGAAGCACCUGCAGAGCGAGUACCGCUCGCGGGGCGGCUGCCCGGCCGACUGGGUGUGGAUUGUGCCGCCCAUCUCGGGCAGCAUAACUCCUGUCUUCCACCAGGAGAUGUUGAACUAUGUCCUCACUCCCUUCUAUUACUACCAGGUGGAUGCAUGGAAAACACAUGUGUGGCAGGAUGAGACCCGGAGGCCAAACAAAAAAGUGAUCAAGUUUAGCAUCUUGGCAAAGGCUGUGCUCUUUGCAUCUUCACUCAUGCGACAGGCAAUGGCCACCAGGGCCAAGGCCACGGUGAUCUAUGCCACAGAGACAGGGAAGUCAGAAACCCUCGCGCACAGCCUGUGCAGCUUGUUCAACUGUGCCUUCAGCACCAAGGUCCUGUGCAUGGAUGAGUACAACAUUUGUGACCUGGAAAAGGAAACACUUCUCCUGGUGGUUACUAGCACUUUUGGCAAUGGAGACUCUCCAGGUAACGGAAAGACCUUGAAGAACUCCUUGCUCGCACUGAAAGCACUUGGAAAGAAAAUCAGAUAUGCUGUGUUUGGUCUGGGGUCCAGCAUGUACCCAGAGUUCUGUGCCUUUGCUCAUGCCAUUGACCAGAAGCUGGCCCAGCUCGGGGCGUCGCGGCUCGCGCCGGUCGGGGAAGGGGACGAGCUCAGCGGGCAGGAGGAAGCUUUCCGCACCUGGGCCAUCAGUGCUUUCCAGAUUGCCUGUGACAUUUUCAACAUCCGUGGGAGACACAGCAUUCAGCUGCCUGAGGUCUGUACCUCGGAGGAAAGCUGGGAUCCUGCCAGCUACAGGAUAGUGCAUGACUCUCAGCCCAUGGACCUGGCUAAAGCUCUUGCGAGCAUUCAUGCCAAGGAUGUCAUUCCCAUGAAGCUGAAAUCCAGGCAAAAUCUCCAAAGUUCAAAGUCCAGUCGUGUUACCCUUCUGGUCAAACUCUGCUGUGAGACUACACAGGAAGUGAGCUACCUGCCUGGGGAACACGUCGGGAUUUUCCCAGGCAACCAGCCAGAACUGGUCCAGGGCAUCAUAGCACGUGUCAGGGAUGCCCCUCCAGCUGACCAGACCAUCAGGCUUGAGACCUGCACUGGUGGUGGCUACUGGACAAGUGACAAAAAGCUCCCAGCCUGCACUCUCCCUGAGGCUUUGACAUACUUGCUUGAUAUCACUACUCCACCCUCACAGCAACUGCUGAAAAAGCUGUCACAGCUGGUGACGGCGGAAGGAGACAAAGAGAGGCUGGAAGUGCUGUGCCAGAGCACAGAGGAAUACAAUAAAUGGAAGUUCUACAACAGCCCAAACAUCCUGGAGGUCCUGGAGGAGUUUCCCUCUGCCGAGACUCUGACUCAGCUGCCCUUUCUGAAGCCCAGGUACUACUCUGUCAGCUCCUCCUGUGACAUGACAGCCAGAGAGAUCCAUCUGACAGUUGCAGUCGUAAACUACAGGACAAGAGGCGGGGAAGGGCCUCUGCACCACGGAGUCUGCAGCACGUGGCUGAGUACAGCAGCCCUGGAGGACACAGUUCCAUGCUUCAUACGCAGUGCUGAUGAAUUCCAUCUCCCAGAGGAGCCAUCCAAGCCCUGCAUUCUGAUCGGGGCGGGAACAGGGAUUGCUCCCUUCAGGAGCUUCUGGCUGCAGCGGCUCUACGACCUGGAGCAGAGAGGGAUCAGAGGAGGUGACAUGACGUUGCUGUUCGGCUGCCGACAGCCAGACCUGGAUCACAUCUACAAGGAAGAAACUGCGGAGAUGAAGAGGAAGGGAGUCCUGAAGGAAGUCUACACAGCUUACUCCAGACUGCCUGGCCAGGCUAAAGUCUAUGUUCAAGACAUUCUCCAAAGCACACUGGAGUCCCAGGUGUGUGACCUGGUGCACAGGGAGGAGGGACACGUGUACGUGUGCGGGGACGUGCGCAUGGCCAAGGACGUCGCGCUGGCGCUGAAGGAGAUGUUCUGCAGGACACUGGAGCUCAGUGAGCAGCAGGCAGAGGAGUAUUUCUUCCAGCUGAAGAGCCAAAAGCGAUACCAUGAAGAUAUAUUUGGGGCUCUGUUCCCACAUGAAGCCAAAAAUGCUUUGCAAUCCACGAGUUCAACAAAUCCACUACUGUUUUAG